AGACUACAUCCCACCACACAACAACACAAUCUACAGUUAUCAUCCAUAUACAUUCCAUCUCCAACCAAAACCAACAAUGGCGAUCCUCUAUCUGCUAACCAUCCUCCUCCUCUCUCUCUCCCUCUGCUCCCUCUUCCUCCGCCGCAAAUCCAACAAAACCGCCCCUCACGGUUACAAGCUUUACCCUGUCGUCGGCACCCUCCCGGACUUCAUCCUCAACCGCCACCGCUUCUACGACUGGAACACCGAAACCCUAGCCCGCUGCCCCACCAACACGUCCGUCUUCCGCCGCCCGGGCAAGGUCCACGGCGUCAUCACCGCCAACCCCCAAAUCGUCGAGCACAUGCUCAAAACCAACUUCGACAACUAUCCCAAAGGCGCCCGCUUCAUCUCCCUCCUCCAGGACUUCCUUGGCGCCGGCAUCUUCAACGCCGACGCCGAGCUCUGGAUAAUGCAGCGCAAGACCGCCAGCUACGAGUUCAACACCAAAUCCCUCCGUAACUUCGCCAUGGACAACGUCGCCCGCGAGAUCCACAACCGCCUCAUUCCAAUGCUCAAAACCGCCGCUGAAAAUAACAGAACUUUGGAUCUGCAAGACGUUCUCGAACGCUUCGCUUUCGACAACGUCUGCAAGCUCGCCUUCAACGCCGACCCCGCCUGCCUCGGCGGCGACGCCACCGCCGGCGGCGAGUUCAUGCGCGCGUUCGAGACCGCUGCGAACCUCAGCUCCGGCAGGUUCCUCUACGCGGUGCCUCGAUCCUACCUGAUAAAAAAAAUCCUAAAUCUCGGAUCGGAGAAGAAGCUUAGAGAAGCAAUCGCGACGGUGCACGAAUUCGCCGAUCAAAUAAUCAGAUCCAGAAUUGAAAAAAUUACCGAGAAUAAAAUCUUAGAGGAAGACUUGCUAUCGAGAUUCAUAGGCAAGAGCGAGAACAUCUCCGCCGAGUUCCUCAGAGACAUCGUGAUCAGCUUCAUCCUCGCCGGCCGCGACACGACGUCGUCGGCUCUGUCGUGGCUCUUCUGGCUGUUAUCUUCGCGGCGAGAUAUCGAGGUCGAAAUUCUGAAAGAACUGGAAACCAUCCGUCGCCAGAGCGGGAAAUCGAUCGGAGACGGUUACAGCUACGACGAGCUGCGGCGGAUGCAUUACCUGCAGGCGGCGAUCUCGGAGGCGAUGAGGCUGUACCCGCCGGUGCCGAUAGACACCAGAAAUUGCAAAAACGACGACGUAUUGCCCGACGGGACGUUAAUCGGGAAGGAUUGGUUCAUUUCGUAUUCGGCUUACGCGAUGGGGAGAAUGGAGAGCAUUUGGGGGAAAGAUUGUUUGGAGUUUCGGCCCCAACGAUGGAUGGAAAACGGAGUUUGUAAGCAGGAAAGCCAGUUUAAGUACCCGGUGUUUCACGGCGGGCCGAGAAUGUGCCUGGGCAAAGAUUUGGCCUACAUUCAGAUGAAAGCCAUUGCUGCUUCUGUUUUGGAGAGGUUUGAAAUGGAAGUGUUGUUGGAGAAAGGGAGCUGCCCUCAGUAUUUGCUUUCUUUGACUCUCAGGAUUAAAGGAGGAUUGCAUGUCAGAGUUAAGGACAGAGUUUAACGUUGCCAACUAUUCCAAUAUUGGUUUUUAGGCUUUAUAAAAGCUCGUUAACUAGCUA